AUGUCUUACAAGUAUGCCGAACUCCCUCAGUACUCAUAUGCAUCGGUUCAACGUCAAUAUUCGACCUUUGACUAUGAGACUAAAUCUUUCCAAUUCUACCCUGUCACCUAUUCAACGACCGAUCUGACCGAGGGCCAAAACCAGGACAACAAGGAGCCCACCGCCGCCGAACCGGAGAAUGACCCUGCCUCUGAAGAUCCCCCUGCCGCUGAGCCUACAGAUUCAGCAGAGGCUGCCCCAGAAGCUAAAGAAGAGGGCAAGGAUGAGCCAGCGGCAGAUGCAGAGAAUCCCGACGAGGCUGCCAAGGAGGCUGCCGUAGAGGACGCGAAAACCGCGGAGGAUGCGAAACCUGACGACAGUGCAGCGCCCGAGGGCGGAGCGAAGCCUGAAGAGGAAGCAAAGCCUGAAGACGAAGCAAAGCCUGAAGAGGAAGCAAAGCCUGAAGAGGAAGCAAAGCCUGAAGAGGAAGCAAAGCCUGAAGAGGAAGCAAAGCCUGAAGAGGAACCAAAGCCUGAAGAGGAACCAAAGCCUGAAGAGGAAGCAAAGCCUGAAGAGGAACCAAAGCCCGAAGGCGACCCAAAGCCUGAAGAUGAAUCUAAACCCGAAGACGGUGCGGCGCCUGAUGACAGCGCGGAGCCUAAAAAAGAACCAAAGCCUGAAGAAGAUGCAAAACCUGAAGGUGGAGGAGAUGCUCCAGCAGGCGAAGACACGAAAGAAGAAGGCGACAAUGGCAACAAUGAUGAAGAUUUCCCAGAUUUUGAUCUAGACGUAGAUCCCGAGGCAGUAGCAGCCGAGAAAGAGGCUGCUGCUAAAGCGGCCGCCGAAGACGCUCUAGAGAAUGAGGAAGAUGCACCAAAGUCAGAUGAAGCACCUGCAGAGGCUGCCGAGACUCCAGCAGAGCCAGACGCAGAGGCUAAAACGGAAGAUCAACCAGCUGCCGAUGCAGCCCCUCCUCCGGAGGAAUCAGCAGCCCCUGAGCCACCGGUGGAGGAGCCAAAGGCGGAGGAAAAGCCAGCGGGCAAGAAGAAAAAGAAGGGCAAGAAGGGCAAGGCCGCCAAGGCCGCCGAGCCAGAGCCAGAGACGACGCCAGAACCAGCUGCCGAAGCAGCGCCGGAGCCAGUGGCAGAACCAACAGCAGAGCCAGGGCCGGAGCCAACGCCAGAACCAACGGCAGAGCCAACCCCAGAACCAACGGCAGAGCCAACCCCAGAGCCAACCCCAGAACCAGUCGCCGAACCAGUCGCCGAACCAGCGCCGGAGCCAGCGCCGGAGCCAACGCCAGAACGAACGCCAGAGCCGACGCCAGAGCCAACGCCAGAACCAGCCGCCGAACCAGCGCCGGAGCCAGUGGCAGAACCAACGGCAGAGCCAACCCCAGAGCCAACCCCAGAACCAGUCGCCGAACCAGCGCCGGGGCCAGUGGCAGAACCAACGGCAGAGCCGGAGCCGACGCCAGAAGCAGCCGCCGAAUCAGCGCCCGAGCCUGGAGCUGAGCCUGAAAAGCCCGCAGACAGUUCUCCUGAUACCCCAACCCCAGAAGAGGCAGCAGAACUCGAGCCACCCGCUGAGGAGCCAAAGCCAGAGGAAAAGUCAGCAGGCAAGAAGAAAAAGAAAGGCAAGAAGGGCAAGGCCGCCAAGGCAGCCGAGCCAGAGCCGACGCCAGAACCAGCUGCCGAAGCAGCGCCGGAGCCUGAAACAAACGAACAAGCAGCGGAAGCAGAGGCGGAAACAAAACCGGAGGUCGCACCCGAAUCAACAGAAGCACCACCAGCAGAACCCGACACUGCUGCACCUGCAGUAGAAGAAGAAAAGGCUCCCGAAGAACCUGCGAAGGAACCAGAGCCAGAAGCUACGCCAGUCGAGGAAACACCUGCUGCCGCACCCGAAGCUACUACGGAGGACAAGGUGGAAGCUGUAGAGCCCGAACCAGUCGAGGAAACUCCUAAAGAGGCACCGGUUGAAGAAAGCACUCCAGCCGAGCCUGUCCCCGAACCUGCUGCUGAGCCUAUUGUUGAAGCUCCUACCGAGGCUGCUCCCGGGUCCGCUCCCGAACCCGCUGCUGAGCCCGAGCCUGCCGCCGAGCCUGCUGCUGAGCCUGCCGUUGAGCCUACUUCCGAGCCUGUUGUUGAAGCUCCUGCUGAGCCUGCUCCCGAGUCCGCCGCUGAACCCGCUGCUGAGCCUGAACCUGUAGCUGAGCCUGAACCUGUAGCUGAGCCCGAGCCAGUCGAGGAAACUCCUAAAGAGUCACCGGUUGAAGAAAGCACUCCAGCCGACCCUGUAGCUGAGCCUGUGGCUGAGCCUGAACCUGCUGCUGCUGAGGAGCCUGUGACUGUGAAAGAAGCGCCGGCUGUCGAGGAACAGCCUGCCCAAGAACCUGUGGCAGCUCCAGACCCAGCACCCUCUGAGAGCACGCCGGAUCCUCCCGCCGAGGAGCCAGUCGAAGAGCCUGCUGCUCUCGCACCGGAAGCCAUUGAGCCAGUCGCUGAAGCUCCCGAGGCACCUGCCGCUGAAGGGAAAGCAGUGACUGAAGAUGCCCCCGCUGCCGCAGAUCCUGUAGAGGAGACUCCUGCCCCGGAACCAGCGGUUGAGGAGACACCUGCUCCCGCCACAGUGGAAGAAGCGCUCGCUGUCGAGACACCCGCAGAAGCUGUAGCAGAACCGGAAGUGGUACCAGACGAGGCGCCAAAGGAAAUUCCAGGGGAAAAACCUGCUGACGAGCCAACGCCCGAAGAGCCAGCUCCUGUUGAAGCUGUCCCAGUUGAGACCCCGGCACCUGAGGAAUCCCCGGCUGACCCGGUAGUUCCGGAAGAGGCUCCGGCUGAGACAGUAGAGGCCGAUGCAGCUGCGGUCCCAGCCGAGACUCCAACACCGGAAGAGGCAAAGCCUGAGACACCGCUAGAGGAGCCAACCCCCGAGCUAGACGCUCCUAGAGACCUCCCGGCAGAAGACCCAGCAGCAGAACCAGAGGUUGCUGAGCCAGUCGCUGUCCCCGCUAGCGACGAAGUGGCGCCCGACGAGCUCGUACCACCCCCAGCAGACGUCCCACGUGAGAUGGAGAUGAUCGACGCCGAGCCUCUGGGCGAAAGCGCAGAAGCAGUAGCAGCCCGCCACAGCUCCCGCCGCCGCAGAAAGCGUAGCUCGCCAAUCGAGGGAGAGCGUCGACAGUCCAAAACAUCGUCCGAAGGCCGCCGGGAUCAACUCCAGCGCCAGAAGAGCGAGCGAGGCAUCUUCACCAACCGUUGGGCGAAGGCACUGGAAGAAGCACGACGCCAACACGACGAGAAAGCGCAGUUGCAACGAAAACAGCGCGCUCUUGCCGAAGAGCGAGAGCGCAGCGGCAUUCCUGCUCCCGAGAAACUGAAGCGCUCGAAGAGCUCGUCCAAGGAAAAGGUGAGGGAGAAGGAGAGCGCAAUGGAGCCGGAAAUGGAGGCCGAAGUCAUUGAAUCCAAAUCCAAACGCCGCACCUCUGACACUCCCUCGAGCCAACCUCUCGAACGAGCCCGCUCGACCAGGACGUCUUCAUCCAAGCAGGUAUCAACAUCGGUACCGACACCCAAGCCCCGCGCCUUCCUACGAUACAUGACAGAAGGCAAAUCGGAUACCAAUGGGCCUUUGCUGCGCCUGAAUGCCACGAAGGCUGCACCGCCCAUUGAAAGGCCGCGCCGGUCAUCGACAAGUCACAGUAGUGGCAGCCGUCACGAUCGUGCGGAGUAUGAAGAGCGACACUCCAAUGGUCGGUCUAGUGGAUCACGGUCACGACGCGUAGAGGAGCCUCCUCGCAGUGAGCAUGCUGAGCGCAGUGAGCGCGUUGAGCGCACUGAGAGUAGGAGAUUGCGGCGCUCGUCGACGGCUGAGCAUGGCCGGUCCAGGGAGGAGAGGAAGGGGAGAGAGAGGGAGAAAGAUAGGGAGAGGGAGCGUGUGCGCGAGCAUGAACGCGAACGGGAAAUAGAGGGAGCUAAGGAGAGGGAGAGGGAGAGGGAGAAGGAGAAGAAGCCCGACAACUCCUCCCGGCGUUCCAGGGAGACAAGAGAGGUGCGCUCUCAUCGUCGCCACAGGCGCGAGGAAUCUCCUCCCCGAGAGGAGUCGAAGCUGAAGGGUCUCUGGAGAGCGAUUGCUGCCCAUUGA